AUGGAACAACCACAACAGCAACAGACAGAAGAGAAAGACGAAGCAGAUACAAAUGUUAGAAAUCUUCGUAGUCGUACCAUAUCAUUAGUGACACCCAAACAUCGUGAAUCUUCAACGUCUAUUCCACCAGCUAAAAUUCUUUGUCGUCGGCAUACUGUCUUUUCUGCCUCUUCAUCAACAAGAUCUCGUUUGGCAGUAUCAGCACUUAUAAAUAUCAAGGGUUAUCAUUUUCCAUCAGUUGAUAUUUGGACGUGCACUGAAGAGCAUCAUAUGGAUUCAACAUGUUUUCUCUUGUGGUUAGAUUCAACUUGUGCAACAUUAUGA